GUGCUUCUGUUUUCGCUUUUGCGGCGUGUGUUUUCUCUGGCACGUGUAAGAAAGAGUUCUUAGUGUGCAGGUGUGCCGUGUUCUCAAUCCAUCACUUAAACCAAGAAUAUGGCAAAGGUGAAGGCGACGCAGAAGGCCGCCAAAAUGAAGCGGAUGAUCAGCCUGCGAGACCAAAGGCUGAAAGCAAAGGAUCGUCUGCCACCAAAAAAGAAGAAAAAGGAAGACCCUCACGCCAUCAAAGUUUCAGAGGCGCCACACUACUCCUCGGCGCUGUUCUUCAAGUACAACACACAGCUGGGGCCCCCAUUCCGGAUCCUGAUUGACACAAACUUCAUCAACUUUGCCAUCAAAAACAAGCUGGAUGUCAUCCAGUCAAUGAUGGACUGCCUUUAUGCCAAGUGCAUCCCAUACGUGACUGACUGUGUCAUUGGUGAACUUGAGAAGCUGGGCAGCAAGUACAGGGUCGCUCUCAGGAUAGCCAAGGACCCAAGGUUUGUGCGACUUCCUUGCCUUCACCGGGGUACAUACGCCGAUGACUGCCUCGUGGAAAGAAUCACACAGCACAAGUGCUACAUCGUGGCCACGUGCGACAAAGACCUGAAACGGCGGAUACGCAAAGUGCCCGGUGUGCCCAUCAUGUACAUCUACCAGAGGCGGUUUUCCAUUGAAAGAAUGCCAGAUGCAUAUGGUGCUCCAAAGGUUUGAAGUGGCUAACAAGACCUCUGUUUUCAGUCUUGUAUUAAUAAAAACACAAUCUAAGACGG